UCUUCUUCCCUCCAGAAAAUUUCAAUCCUGCCCCAUAAAUAACGCGUCAUUCUCCCCUAAAUUCUUUCCAACAUCCCAUUUCCUAAUUCCCUUCUGCCAAAAUCUUCUUCGCUCGAAAAUGACUUAGCUCCAUAACUCCUCAGUCCACUGCCUGCCUGCUCAGUACUCAAACACACAUACCAAACCCAAUAAAGAUUGAAUUUUUACUUCACAAUCAAGCUAUGGAAAAUGUGACCAUCAAGAUAGAAGAAGAGGAAGAGGGCUUCGUCUUUCCAUUCAGUGAUGGCGGAAGCACUGGUGCUGCUGCUGGUUCAUCUUCGUCGCCGAGGCCAAUGGAGGGCUUGCAUGACAUGGGACCCCCACCGUUCUUGACCAAGACAUUUGAUAUGGUGGAAGAUCCUUCAACUGAUUCAGUAAUCUCGUGGAGUAAAGCUAGAAAUAGCUUCGUUGUUUGGGAUUCCCAUAAGUUUUCCACAUCUCUGCUUCCCAAGUACUUCAAGCACAGUAAUUUCUCAAGCUUCGUCCGCCAGCUUAAUACCUAUGGUUUCAGAAAAGUGGAUCCCGAUCGUUGGGAAUUUGCAAAUGAGUGUUUCCUUGGCGGGCAGAAACAUCUCCUGAAGACCAUCAGGAGGAGAAGGAAUGUCAUACCAAGCAUUACCCAACAAGAAGGAGGCGGUCCUUGUGUUGAAUCAGGGCACUAUGACUUGGAAGAAGAAAUUGAAAGACUUAAGAGCGACAGAAACUCGUUGAUGGCCGAAGUCAUUAAACUUAAACAGCAACAGCAGACUGCAAGGGACCAUGUCAUGGCGAUGGACGAAAGAAUUAAGGGUACGGAGAAAAAACAACAGCAGACAAUGAGUUUCCUAGCCAGAGCUUUUAGUAAUCCGACUUUUCUCCAGCCAUAUGUGGAUAGACAUCGACAGAGACAAGAACAACAGCGAAUUCAGAUUGGGCAUAAGAGGAGGCUGACAAUGACCCCCAGUGUGGAGAACCUGCAAGAAGUGGCAUCAAUCGCUGCGGAUGCUGAUCAACUUCUCAAUGACUCAGGUGGAGAGCAAGAGCUGGUGAAUAUGCAAAGAGAGAUGGAGACUUUGCUAUUUACUGCAGCAUUGGAUGACGAACCAAGCAGUAUUGUAAACUUGAAUUCACCGUCAAUUCCUACUAGCAGUGCUGCCAAUGUCGAUCCAGUUGCUGAACACAUAUGGGAGGAAUUGCUUACUGGAGAUCUUGUUACUGAAAAUGAAGCAGAAGUUGUGUUGUUGGGAGAUCAACCAGAGGCUGAUGUGGAGGUUGAGGAUUUGGUUGCUGAAACACCUGAGUGGGGUGAGGGUUUCAGUGACCUUGUCGAUCAAAUGGGAUAUCUUAUCGCCAAGCCUGACGAUACGAGCAAAUGAGGCUAAAUGAUUCUCUGAUGUCCUUGACACACAUUCCUGUCUGAGAUUAAGCGGGAGGUGAUGGUUGCAUGGAGGCCAAUCAACUGAUCCUGCUUUUCUGUAUCCUUUUAAUAUCUCAUGGAAAAUAUUUGUAUUCUAGAGUUUCUUAAAGUCUAGAAAGUUUUCCUCUUUUUGACUAGUCUACAUCUUUUGGUGCGUUUUGCAGAUGCAGAUGCUUAGAGAAUGUCACGAGGGAGUCACCUCCAUCAUUCUUUACCGUGUCUUUUGCUCUUCUUGCCCCGUCUCAUUUUGUAUGUUGUUGACUUGUAGUAUCAAGUUCAGAUUUCUUUUGUGUAUGUAUAAAGGAAAACUAACCUGGCUUCACACAGUAGCUGUAAAAUCUUGGAGGCUGGACUCUGACCGGAGAGGUGGCACAACCUAUUCGAUGUUGCAGAAGGUCGAAGCAGAAUGCAGGUGGGUUAUGGAUCAGGCCUUUUAGAGAGAAUUAACGGACCAGGACAAGCUAUGCUGCUUCCAACCACUCCCCAUAAAACAGAACAUUUGAGGCAGCGUUUGGCUUUUGAUUACAGGGUUAUUGUGAAGCUUCUCGAUCUCCACCUGUGAAAAGGGAAGUCCCUCUGUUACAUUACGGGUUGAGGAUUGCAGCUGCUUGCUUAACCUUGACAGGAAUGCAAAGUUAACAUUUUUGCUCCAUUUAUUUUUAGGCUACAAAAGAAGAUGGAAACGUUUAAUCAGGGUACCAGCAUUAAUCUUGGAUUCAAGAAUUCUUUAGCGUUUUAUAGUGGUGCCCUUCUUUUACUUAAUUGUGAUCAGAAACAGUUGUUCUUUAGAGUUCAUUGGAUGCUAAAACUUGAUGUUUCCAUUUAUGUCAUGAUGAUCCUCUCCAUAGCAGAAUGCGAAAAUCUAGAAAGAUUGUGCAUCAGAUUGAGGCCCUUUCAACAUAAUGAGUGAUUUGACAUGGUAAUUACCCAUAACGAAGGAUAGCGAUUGAAGCACAGUUUUGGCGAUGGCAGGGAUUUCAAAGCUGGUAUCAGAUGCGUGUUCGGAUGAGAGGAUAAAUAGACAAAAAGGAGAGGUUUAUAUUUGACGAAUACCCUCGUCUCAUCCCUCUCAAAAGCAUGUAGACGACAAGGAAUAUGACGGGCCAGAAUUUGCAGAUGCUGUGAAUUGUGAUCCUGAGUAAAAGACAAUUUUGACAUAAAAGAAUCACGCAUGAUACCAAUAUCCAAUCCCAAUCCAAGUGAGCAUAUUCUUGUAGGCUUAGCCAACUAAUGUCCAAACACAACUCAACUCUGAGAACUUUUCUAAUCUCGCCGAUGGCUAUUGGCUUUCAAGGAACCAAGAAGUGAUUAAAUCUCAAUAUUGAAGACCAACGGAUGAAAACUUCCCAGGAAAUUAACCGACUAUUUCUUUAUGCAGAAGAAGAGAAACGAAAAUAUGCAGAUCUUCAAAACAAGAGGGCCAACCACAAAUUUUUUUUUUUUUUUAACAGAUGAUGUAUAGUUUUUUGAGUGGUCAACCUUCUAAAUCAUUUUGUUAAACAAAUUUUUCUGCAUAUGGCAAUCCACUAGCGAGUAUCAGUCAGAAACUUCUGACAUCAAUACACCUUCUGAAUGCCCCAGUUGGACCAUGCUGAUGUCAAUUUAGACACAGAAGCUUUGUCGGCCGAAUUUUAUCAUUUAAUGCCAUCACAGUUGCCUUUUGGGAGUAAAUCUAAGGCAAGAGAAGCUAUCCUCCAUGGAUGGUCCUGCGACUUC